AGUUUGAGCAACAGCAGAGCUGCACUCGAGGCAAAUCUCUCCGUUUCUCUCGAAAGAAACAUUCAACCGAAUCCAGCAGCUUUUUCUCAACAACAGCAGAAUCUCUGCAAACACUGAGUGCCGGUAUGUCUGCUGCCAGCUGUCUGCUGACUGAAGAUCAGUUUCUCUGCUCCAUCUGUCUGGAUGUGUUCACUGAUCCAGUCAGCACACCAUGUGGACACAACUUCUGUAAAACCUGCAUCACUGAUCACUGGAAUAUUGAUCUUCCCUAUAAGUGUCCCAACUGUAGAGAGGUUUUCAACAGGAAACCUGAGCUGCAGGUCAAUACUUUCAUCUCAGAGAUGGCUGCUCAGUUCAGACAGUCAGCUCAACAGAAAGCAAAAGAAGUUCCCCGUGACGUCUACUCAGGAACCAAAAGAAGGACCUGGAUGUUCUUCCUGCUGUGUCUGAUGUAUGUCUUCAUGGCCUGGAUGGUUUCAGACCAAAAGAAACAUCUUGUUGGUCCUCUGAAGGAAGAAUAUGAAGCAAAGAAAGCUGAGCUGUGGAAGACAGGGGCUGAAAUUCAGCAGAUGAUCCAGAAGAGACAAAUGAAGAUUCAGGAGAUCAAACACUCAGUGGAGCUCAGUGAUGAAGAUGCUGACAGAGAGAGAGCAGAAGGUGUUCAGAUCUUCACUGCUCUGAAGGAGUCUGUUGAGAGAAGCCAGACCAAGCUCAUGAUCAUAAUCCUAGAGAAGCAGAAAAAGACAGAGAAACCAGCUGAACGCUUCAUCAAAGAGCUGGAACAGGAAAUCUCUGAGCUGCAGAAGAGAAGCACUGAGGUGGAGCAGCUCUUACAGUCUGAAGACCACCAACACCUCCUCCAGAGCUUCACCUCCCUGAACGCUGUUCCACCCACCAAGGACUGGACAGAAGUCAACAUCUGUCCACCUUCAUAUGAGGGGACUGUGAGGAGAGCUGUGACUCAGCUGAAGGAGACGCUCAGUGAACAGAUGAAGAAGCUGCUCUCUGAGUCUGAUCUGAAGAGGGUCCAGCAGUAUGAAGUGGAUGUGACUCUUGAUCCUGAUACAGCUAAUCCCUGGCUCAUCCUGUCUGAUGAUGGAAAACAAGUUAAACUUGGUGAUGUGGGGAAGAAUCUCCCAGACAAUCCAGAGAGAUUUAGUAAUUAUGUUUUUGUCAUAGCAAAGCAGAGUUUCUCUUCAGGAACAUUUUAUUACGAGGUUCAGGUUAAAGGGAAGACUGAGUGGUUAUUAGGAGUGGUCAGAGAGUCGGUCAACAGGAAGGAAGAAAUCACACUGAGCCCUCAGGAUGGUUACUGGACGAUAUGGUUGAGGAAUGACAAUGAGUACGAAGCACUUGCUGACCCUGAUGUCCUUCUCUCUCUGAAGUCUCGGCCUCAGAAGGUGGGGGUGUUUGUGGAUUAUGAGGAGGGUCUGGUCUCCUUUUAUGACGUUGAUGCUGCAGCUCUUAUCUACUCCUUUACUGGCUGCUCCUUCACUGAGAAACUCUACCCAUUCUUCAGUCCAUAUCUUAAUGAUAAUCUUGAAAACUCUGCCCCUCUGAUCAUCUCUCCUGUCAGUCACUAAGUAGAACAAAAAUGAUAUAUU